AUGCCAGACUAUGAGAAGGAGGAAUUGGGCACCGAUCUCAAUCCUGGGAUUCUCAUUUCCGAUCACACAAUCGCAAAGGUAGCGAGCCGACAGUCCGCCCAAUCGAAACGGAUCGGCGCGAAGAAAGAGGCGGUUGAAAGCCAGGUCGACAUCGACAAGAUGGACAAUGGAGACUCCUCGUCGCUCUCGAGUGGGAAUGGCUUGGAACCCACGCCUACGGCUGGAAACGAGCUCGAGGUCACGCCGACGAGUGACAAGAUCAUUGUGUCCUUUAGCGACGAUGACCCGGAGAACCCAUACACUUGGAGCAUGACCAAAAAAAUGUUCGUCUUGUUCGUGUCCAUCUGCUGCGUCAUGAACUCGACCGUGUCCAGCGGUCUGGCGUCCAACUCGGCCUCCUUCUACGGUCGCGAGUUCGGCGUCACCUCCAACGCCCUGCUCAUACUUCCCACGUCGCUUUUCCUGCUCGGCUACGUCAUCGGCCCCGUAUUCUACGGACCGAUGUCAGAGCAGUACGGCCGCAAGUAUGUCUCCGUCUUCGCCUUCAUCUUCUUCGCCAUAUGGACCAUGGCCAGCGCGCUGGCGCCUAACCUGGCCGCGCUGGUCGUCUUCAGGUUCCUGUGCGGCAUUGGCGCCGCGUGUCCCAUCGUCGUCGUAGGCGGGACGUGUGCCGACAUAUUCAAAAGCCCCGCGUCGCGUGGUCGAGGCAUGGCCAUCUUCAUGGGCGCGACCACCUUUGGACCCUGUGCGGGACCCGUCAUUUCCGGGUACAUAUCGCCCGCCCUGAACUGGAGAUGGUCCUUCUGGGUCGGCCUCAUCUUCGCCGGCGCCACCAUGGUGCCUCUCCUGCUCGUGCCCGAGACGUAUGGUCCGGUCCUGCUGAAGCGGCGAGCGCAAAAGAUGCGCAAAGAGAGCGGAAACGACAAGAUCGUGGCACCCAUCGAGCUGGAGAAGGAGGACUGGCGGCACGUUGUCAGUAAGGUCCUCACCCGACCGAUACGCAUGUUCAUCUUCGAGCCGCUCGUUCUGUUCAGCUGUCUGUACCUCAGCUUCGUGUACGGGGUGUUCUACAUGCUGUUCCAGGCGUAUCCCAAGGUCUACGUCAACAUCUACGGCUUCUCGCUCGGCCAGGAAGGGUUGACGUUCAUCUCCAUCGGCGUGGGCGCCUGCUUCGCCAUCCCAAUGUAUCUCUGGUGGGACAGCAUCACCAAGAAAGCGCGAGCGCAGAACAAGGAAUGGGUGCAGCAGGAAGAGAUGCGCCGUCUGCCGCUGGCGUGUGCGGGCGGGCCGUUCUUCAUGGUCAGCUGUUUCUGGCUCGGCUGGAGCGCCAGGGAAAGCGUCCACUGGGCCGUGCCGGUGUGUUCGGGCAUCUUCUUCGGCGUGGGCUAUCUCCUGAUCUUCAUGGCGCUGCUCAACUACCUCGUGGACGCGUACAAGAUCUUUGCGGCAAGUGCCAUGGCGGCCGCGUCGGCGUCCAGAUCGCUUUUUGGAUGCGUGCUGCCGUUUGCUGCAAGACCAAGUAAGUUUGAAAAUAUGCCCCACCUUGUGACGGCUUAG